AUGGGGGUUUUUUACGACAUGAUGCUGCAGCUGACGGAGGAGUUGUCGGCGCUGUUGGAGAGCGCGCAUUGCCGGCUCAAAGCGGCGGAUAAGGAGGGGUUGGAGGAGCCUUUGUUUCGACGUUGGGACGAGAGUUUGGCCUGCCCCCUUCACGUGGUACGUCGGAUUAUGAACCCGGUCAACCAGGAAGAGGGGAUGUACCACAAGGACAUUGAGUGCACCAAGGUGAUGAAGGCUUGGCUGUCACGCUCGAGGGCCUUUAUCGACAAGUACUGGAAGAACGACGGUGAGAUGAAGGGAACGAUGAAGGGGCCGCAGAAGGUGAUGCUGGCGUAUAUUGAGGGUAAGGGGUGCUUUGGGACAGAGGAGGCGAUAGAGGGGCGUGUGGAGCUGAAGGACAGAAAGGGGGACAUGGUGACGCGUUGUGGAAGUGGGGAUGUGGAGGUGGACGAAGACGGCUUGUGCGUCGACGAGUACAAGCACCAGGAAGACAUGGAGGAGGAGGAGGAGGAGGAGGAGGAGGAGGAGGAGGAGGAGGAGGAGGAGGAGGAGGAGGAGGAGGAGGAGGAGGAGGAGAGCGAGGAGGAUGCGGAUGAGUGA